CUCCAUUCUUUCUUUCUCCUCCUCUCCUCUCCUCUCCUCUCCUUAGAAACAAUAAUAAUAACGAUAAUUUAUAAUAAUAAGCCUAUUGCCAUGUCUGAUUCCCCUGCUGAGAAGUCCAGCCUUGCCGCCGGCAAGCGCAAGGCAGAGGAGGCCAUCGAGCCUGCCUCUGUAAAGCGUGCUGUCGCAUCAAGCUCAUCUACUAAACUCAAUGAUCUUGAUGAUAGUGCACAGGAAGAUGACGAUCUCGACGAGGAUCUCGACUUCUUAGAAACAUCUAAUAUCAUUCACUCAGGUCGUCGUACCCGUGGCGUUAAAAUUGACUUCUCAAAGGUUCCUCAGGAUGAUCUGGACGAGGAUGAUGAUGAUGAUGAUGAUGACGAUGCAGCCGUCGCGCCUGGAGUCGAGGAGAAUGAUGAUGACGAGGAAGAAGAGGAAGUGGAGUAUGAAGAGGAAGAAGAGGAAGAGAAUGAGCAACAGCCAACAGAAGAGGCUCAGAAACCAUCAAAAACCCCAUCACCUUCUUCAGCUGCAGGCGAAGAUGAAGAAUCCAAAUCAGACGAGACAAAAGCUACGGAUUGAGAGAAGCUUCACUCUCAUUCAUGCUGCGAUAUCUACCUCAUUUUGAAAAAUAAACGGGUAUCCCGGUGAACAUGCCCUCUCCCAUCAUCUCGC